CGACCAGGAUUAGUAAUCCUGGAACGGAUAGAUAGAUACACCCACCUUUACAUUUUAUCUUUUUUCACUUUGUUGCCGCCCCUUAACGGCACCCAUCGUACCAGCACUGCUGCUACUGUUGCAGCAGCUCGCAGGAUUGCACAACGCACCUGCCGGUACCGUCACGCGGCAGUAGGCAUUGCAUCGCAGCUGCAGGAGUGACAUGGGUCUUCUUCAUCUGCCGGUCCUCUCCCUUCAAUCCACGCCUCGCAUGUCGCGCUCGACGGCUUCCUCCUGAGAUUUCGAUCUGUAAGUGCGUAUCCGACGACACAUUUUCUGUCUCGCAGCCCUCAGUCCGAUCUGGAAUCGAUCGGGUGGGUAGCGCCGUCUGCCGUUUGUCGUGUUAAGGCGUCAGGACCCUUUCGUUCAGAAUGUUAGGAUUUUUGUAUCAUUCGCACUGUACGCCAGAGACGUUGAAAACUUUUUUCGAUUGCAACGGGUAGUGUAGCUUGUGUCGGAGAAUACUGAAAGACUAGCGACGCGGGCAUACUUCGAUUUCAUACACGAUUAUAAGGGGUAGGUAUGCAUUCGCUUGGAUGAGCUGCAGUAAAUCAUUGUGUGGUUAUUGGAUGUUCCUCCAACUGGGCUCCUGAAAGGCACGUUCAUGCCUCCAGCUGCGCGACCCCACAGCUGGCCAACUUGCUAUCUACUGUGCUUAUGUUGGCACCGCGUCUGAGGAUCCAGAUCAGGUGGAGUGUCCCGUAUGAGCUUCGUUGCGGACAGCUUGCUGCUCCGAUAGCGUCUUCGAGGUUUGCGGAAGUAAGGUUGGAUAGCAGUGGCAGUGCUCUUCGUGGAACCACAUGCAGAGCGGCGCCGCUGGUAUACUUCCCAAGGAAGUGGAGCACCAUAGUAGAAGAAGCGAAAGACUUAGCCAGGUUGCGUAAGGCGAUCACAUGUUACAUUUCUGCCUUCGGCACGGUCUGUGCACUUAUGCCACUCCUAACUGAAAUGCACAAACGGACAUUAAGGUUUUGAGCUAUUCCGAUCACUUUGCGCUACGCCGCACGGAAACGCUUCUCUCGAAGAACAACGUCAAGGGCUUUUUCAAUCCUUCGUCGUCCCAGACAUAACCUGUAGUCUUUUUCGUUUGUGUUCCUGAGAGAGUGCCAAGUGCCAAAUUGUCUUGGUGGGUUGACCUGCUUCAAACCGACGCCUUGUAUCCGAAGUCCUUGCAUUUUAGCGUGGUUAGCAGCAUGGGCGUGCGGCUGAUGGGCCAAGACAGCCUCGAUUCCGAAGCCAGCACGUCUAGCUCUCUGGUUAGUUCCCGUAGCUGCACCAACGGCCGCGGCCCCCACAAAUGCAUCGCAAUUUUGCACGGUCAAGCUCUCCAUGUCAUCACCCUUGCCCUCUCUGGCGACGUCCUCUACGCAGGCUCCAACCACGGCGACAUUAGAGCAUGGGACCACCCCGACAUGCAAGAGGCAACGAAAUUUGGAAGUGGCCGAGCUGCGGUAAAAUGUAUCGUUGUGGUCGGCAAUAGGGUCAUCAGUGCGCACCAGGACCACAAAAUCAGAGUAUGGCGUAGGUCGAAGUGCCAACCCCAGGAGUACCGCCUGGUCUCGACCUUGCCUUCAAUCAAGGACUACAUUGCAAAUUUCUUGCCCGCAAAAAAUUAUGUACAGGUGCGACGGCAUCACAAGAGCCUGUGGAUCAAUCACAACGAUAGCAUUUCCUGUCUGGCAGUUGGCAACGGUGUUCUCUACUCGGGCUCCUGGGACAAAUCCGUGAAGGUGUGGCGCCUCUCUGACUUCAAAUGCCUGGAAUCGCUCUGCGGGCACAUCGACGCCGUGAAUGCGCUCGCGGUGGACAAGCAGCACGACCUCCUAUACACCGGCUCCGGCGACACCACCGUCAAGGUCUACCAACGACAAGACCUAGGCAAUAAGAAGAGCCAACAUGUCCUCGUCGCCACUCUGGAAGUGAAGUCCCCCGUGAACGCACUUGCCCUGAGUCCCGAAGGCGCGCUUCUCUACACAGCUCAAAGCGACAAAACUGUCACGAUCUGGAAGAUGAAAGAGAUAGACGGAGACCGACAGUGGACUGCGGUGGGGACCUUGCGAGGUCACCGUCUAGCUAUCCUGUGCUUAACCAUAAUGUCAAACCUCGUCAUCACAGGCUCAGCGGACACGACUGUCAGGGUGUGGAGACGUGACGCCGAGGAUGUUCAUACAUGUCUAUCUGUGAUGGUGGGUCACACGGGCCCCGUGAAGUCGCUCUGUGUGCUCUCAGACAUGGCAAUGGGGGCUCUAGUGUAUAGCGGAAGCAUGGAUGGCGACAUUCGUGUGUGGUGGUUACCGGAAGACGAGACGGACCUUCUCUCGUCGGACGAUAGCUCCCCAGAUAGCCCUGUGGUCAUCAACUGGAGGUCGUCGUCAAUCUCAACCGGUUCUCCACUAUGUCGUUCAGUCUGAGGAAUCCACGGCCAUUACUCCCGAUUUCUAGCACAAUAUGGGUGGCCAUGAAGAGGCCCAGUCAUCAUCAGUUUCAUGCAUUGAAUUUCACACCUGAUCGCUGGGGGUUUUAAUGUAAACUAUUGUCAACUUUCGCGUCCAGAUUAGAAGUCAUUUCUGUUCAGUAUUAAACGGUGUCUGGGGCAGCGUAAUUGACAAGGGUGUGAAAGUUCAUUGUUCUCCUCAAUAGCACGAAGACCCUGUUUUGUUCCCUUCUGUUCUGCAUCCAGGCGUAAUGCAGAUGACUCAACGUUGUCUGCUGGAAGAAUUAGUCGUCGGUGAAUAUUUUAGGGCUUAUCUCGAGCAGAGAGACUGGGAAGUUUUAGUGAUGAACAUUAGCCUGUACAAGUUUUGGACAUCAGUCUUGUUCUGGUCGAGAAUAGUGUACCUUAACAAUUUAUAUCAUGUAAAGAUUUCUGGUGACUUCGAUCACUUUCAACACA